CAGCAAGCGACGCGGUGUUAUGUAGCGAGGGGUCCUGCUUAUGUUUCUCUGAGGUAAGCCGGCUGCUCCCGGCGGAAGUCACGCUGCACCGGUAUGGAGACCUUCUGCAGCUAUGAUGGCACUGAUCGACUCUGGGAUGCAAACGCUACCUGGUAUACAGAAAACCCUGAUUUCACAAAGUGCUUCCAGAAUACAGUCCUGGUAUGGAUUCCAUGCAUCUACCUCUGGCUCUGCUUCCCUAUAUACUUUAUAUACCUCCAGCACAACAACCAGGGAUACAUCCGAAUGUCACAUCUUAAUAAGGCAAAAACUGCUUUAGGGUUCUUAUUAUGGCUGGUCUGCUGGGCAGAUCUAUUCUAUUCUUUCUGGGAAAGGAGUCAAAGUAUAUAUCGCGCUCCAGUUUUUGUUGUGGGCCCCACUGUGCUGGGAAUAACAAUGCUUCUAGCUACUUUUUUAAUUCAGUAUGAGAGAAUUAAAGGAGUGCAGUCUUCAGGUGUAAUGUUGAAUUUCUGGAUCAUUGCUCUGCUUUGUGCCAUAAUAAUCUUCAGGUCCAAAGUUCUCCAUGCCUUAAAACAAGGUGCCAAUAUAAAUGUGUUUCGUGAUGUCACAUUCUACACAUACUUUGUGCUCGUCUUGGUGGAGCUCAUAUUGGCUGCAUUCCCUGACCAACCUCCUCUCUUCUCCGAAAGAGUCAAUGACCCUAAUCCCUGUCCAGAGUCAAGUGCUUCUUUUCUCUCCAAGAUUUCAUUCUGGUGGAUUAGUAGAAUGAUGAUUCAGGGGUACAAAAGGCCCCUGGAAGCAAAGGAUUUAUGGUCACUUAACAAAGAAGACACCUCAGAGGAAGUAGGACCAGUCCUAGCCAGGAAUUGGGAAAAAGAGUACCAGAAAGCUAAAAA